AUGGGAGAGGUCUUCGUCAUUCUAUUGGGUUUUGCUUUAUCCGGAUUCCACUUGGGUUGGUGGAAUACCGAUGAAAGCGACAUGAAACACAGAGCCGCAAACUACAUUGAUGAAAAUUACAAGCCAGAUAUCGAUAUGUUUUUGUGUUUUCAACUUGUGAGAAAUAGAUCAUCUGUCACUAUGUCCUCCAAAGGCAUCGUGUACAACGAACCCAUCUCGGGUAUUUAG